UAUGGCAGACUGCAGUAAAUACAGUGUUGAAGAGGCGGGGUUUGACAUCUCGGCGCUGAAAACAUCUCUAAUCCAGUAUUUCAGGUGCCGAAGUCGACUGAGCGACCAUUGCUCGCUACCGCCGCGCAUCAGUGAGCCGCAGCGGGGACGCACGCCUCUCAAGCCGGAGUAAAAGAAAGAAAAGUGGACGGCAGCUGCUGGUGGACGGUCCGAAGUGGAAAUUUCGUGGAGGAAAGAAAGAAAGAAAGAAACCUUCCAACAAAAAAACAGCCAGUGAGAGUGAAGUUUCACCGGGUGCACUUUGUUGUUCCUGCUGCUCUGCCUUGACAUAACCAGCGACUCCUUCGGCUCUUCUCCCCCGAAACUCAACCAAAACACCCUUCUUCCGUGUGUUCCGGAGGAUAUUACCACACUUUGGAUUUUUAUUCUUUCUCAGCCCAACUGGAUAAAAACUCUACUGUGGUUGAACCUUUGAGAGGGACAGUCAUCUGCUGCUGAAUGUCCUGGAGAGCAUCAGGACCAUGUGGCUAAAUUUGCUUACAGGGGUGCGCAUUCCCUUCUGAAGCCACCAUCGACUCUAUAGGAUGGUUGAGACAUGUUCCCUUGUGGUUGAAAUGCAUCUAAUCAGGCUGCUGAUUUUCAAAGUUUUGCCGAAACGGAGACUUGGAUUGUAAUUUUUGUUUUUAUUUUUUAAAAAAUUUUUUCUAAUUCUUAAAGACUUCUCAGUAAACGGACAAAGUAAAAAGGUCUUCUCCGUGAGCUGCAGAAAUGGACUAGAAGCCCAUGUGUAGCAGGGCAGCUGCUGCAGCUUUUGGAAUAACUUAGCCUCAGACUUUUGGGGAGCCACUCCUUCAGGGGCCUAGGGAUCUGAUCCCACCAACACCCUGCCCUGUCGCCUGACGCUCCCACCUUUCUAAAGGCAGACUCCACUAUCCAAUGGCAUGGGUCAAGUUCUUCAGGAAGCCAGGGGGCAAUCUGGGGAAAUCGUACCAGCCGGGGAGCAUGCUGUCUCUGGCCCCCACCAAAGGACUGCUGAACGAGCCAGGCCAGAACAGCUGCUUCCUCAACAGUGCAGUGCAGGUACUAUGGCAACUGGACAUCUUCAGACGCAGCUUGAGGCAGCUACCUGGACACUUCUGUCUCGGAGAGUCAUGCAUUUUUUGUGCAUUAAAGGGCAUUUUCUCCCAGUUCCAGCACAGUCGGGAGCGUGCCUUGCCCUCUGACAACCUGCGUCACGCCUUGGCAGAGACCUUUAAGGACGAGCAGCGCUUCCAGCUGGGCUUCAUGGAUGAUGCCGCAGAGUGCUUUGAGAACAUACUGGAAAGGAUUCACCUGCACAUUGUGCCUGAGGAGACGGAUGCCUGCACUUCAAAGUCUUGCAUCACACAUCAGAAGUUUGCUAUGUCACUUUAUGAGCAGUCUGUGUGCCGUAGCUGUGGGGCAUCCUCCGACCCACUGCCGUUUACGGAGCUGGUGCAUUAUGUCUCCACCACCGCACUCUGUCAACAGAUGCUUCAGCGCAGAGACGAGUCUUUUGGAGAACUGUUACAAGCAGCAAGUACAAUUGGGGAUCUUCGAAACUGUCCAAGCAACUGUGGCCAAAGGAUCAAGAUCAGGCGAGUCCUCAUGAACUCCCCAGAAAUAGUUACCAUUGGCUUUGUAUGGGACUCUGAUCAGUCAGACCUGACUGAGGAUGUUAUCCGUUCACUGGGGCCUCAUCUCAGUCUCUCUGCGCUCUUCUACAGGGUGACAGAUGAACAUGCCAAAAAGGGAGAGCUGCUGCUCGUCGGAAUGAUUUGCUACUCCAGCCGCCACUACUGUGCCUUCGCCUUCCACACCAAAUCCUCCAAAUGGGUCUUCUUUGAUGAUGCGACAGUGAAAGAGAUUGGCUCCCGGUGGAAAGAUGUGGUCAGCAAAUGUAUCAAAGGUCACUUCCAGCCUCUCCUCCUUUUUUACUCCAACCCUGAUGGGAGUGCUAUCACCACAGAUGAUGCCUCAAGACAAAACAGCAGCCAGUCUCACUACAAGACGCCCGUCAAUGGGGAAGUUCAAGGCUUUGAGUCUCCAGUUUCAGCCCCCAAGAAGCUGGACCUGACCAGAGAGAAUGUGAAUGCUCUGUUGGGCCAAGAAUCUUUUAAACUGAAGAGCCCUUCGACGUUCAGCAGGGGUAGUGCUCAGACCAGCGGAGGACGAGGACCAGUGAAAAUUGGUACCAUCGAUCCCAGGAGUCGCUUAAAGGAGCUUUCUCGAGAAGUGGCCCAGAGAGUAGGAGAGGUGCGAGGGAUGCAUCCAACCAGAAGAGACCCUGAUAGGGGUGGUCAGCGGAGGCCAGAUACCCGCCACAGAGAUCCAGGUCAGGACAGGAUCUACUCCCGCUCUGCCUCCCCUCCAGAGAACGGCUUCAAACAACACAUGGAGACUCGACUGUACAGCAGCCAAGGAAAAGGUCCCAUUCGGGCCGAACGAACACCGCAGCUCGGUGGCCGGUCCUCCCACGAACCUUCUCGCUCCCACUCGAGGGCCCAAGUGCCACCCAAUGUGCCCACUAUUAGCAGUGGACAUCACAGCCGGAGACUAGAACACCUCUCUAAUGGAUACGAUACUGACAGCAGCCAAGACUCCAGAGAGCGCUCUGGAAGUGGAGGAAACGGCCGCAGCAGGUCCAGUCGGCCGUGGAAGCCCAUGCGGGAGGCUCUAAAUGUGGACAGUGUUUUGAGCGGCGUUGUUGGUGGCAAUUUAGUAAGUCAAGACCGAAGGCAGCACAGUCCGCGGAGAAGACCCAGUAGUCAGUCGCCCUCGCGUGACCGAGAGCGAGACAGAGAUUUUACGUGGGGAGGCCGGGAAGAACGAAAACCCAAGAGCCUGAUGACCAUCUAUGAGGAUGAGCAGAGGCAUGAAAGUGGUGGCAGUCGAAGCUCACUGGACUCAGAUGGCCGUGGGGGACACAGUGACAAGGACAGGUCAAAGGGCUCUGCAACGCUUAAAGUGCGCAAUGACAACUGGAAGAUCCAGAGAACUGAAUCUGGAUAUGAAAGCAGUGACAGGCUAAGCAACGGCUCAGCAAACCUCGACUCACCUGUUGUAGAAAACCUGUCUUCCAAGGACCUGCGGCCUAUACCUGAGCUGCAUCUGAUGAGGGAUCAUUUGCCUCAAAGAAGAAGUGAUGAUUAUAAGGCUGACAUGUUGCUCUCUGCGUUUUCCUCUGAUGAACAAGGAAGAAAAUCUCCAGAUCCACAAGACUCCAACAUCCAUUCUGGUCAACCCAUACAAAGAAAAAGAGCCUUCCGAUACACGCCGGGGAUCCUGGAGAGGAACAGUGGUCUGGACAGCGAAAGAGAAGAAAAUGUGGACGGUAGCCCUGUGAGCCCGGUGCCUCUUUACUUAGCAAAGACCAGCAGUUCUGAGUGGAACAGCUCUGAUGACCUUGCUGGACCCUUCUCUGAACAAGAAGACCCUGGCACCGGCCACAUGGACCAUUUCUCUCACAACUAUCCCCCACCUUUACCCCCCAAGACUUUUGGCAGCAGCCACCCCGACCCAUCUGGCUUCCACUCCCUGCCACCAGAGGUGCCAGCACGGUCAAGCCCCCGCAAUGAACCCAAAAAUGGCCUGUCCCCUCUCUCGCACACCACCGUCCGACGGUGGAUUGAGACACCUGCUGAGCACAGGCUUUCAUCCGACGCCAGCUCCAAGUCGGGGUCAUCGGACCAGGACAGGAACGAUCUGUCGGCCAGUGAAAGCGACGAGAGGUUACCCAGUCCAAAGCCCAGACACGACGACGAUACAGACUCCCCCUCUCUGACAGACAUGGUUCUUCCCACCACGUACUUUUCUGUGGAUAACUGCAUGACGGACACUUACCGGGCCAAAUACCAUAAGAGGCCUGCCUUGUACAUGAGAGCAGAGGACCAUACGUCAUCAGGGGAGAGCGAUAUCGAAGGGAGGGGGGUUCCUUUGCCAGAUCCACUAGAGCCUUCCAAAAGCAGAACAGAAUCAGGUUAUUCUACUACUAAGACUACUGCAAAGUGGAAUCCAGUCACUCAAAAAGGACUUGACGAGCAUGGUUUCCUAUAAUUCCUAUGAAUGAUCCUGUGACUGGAUACCAAAAAGGAAUCGUUAUGCACUAUGACUGCUGCACAGUGUGACUCCUUCCAACAGGGAUGUGUGUUGUCUCUUGUCACGUAGGACGUUGGACAUGAAACUGGAUGCCAAAGAGAUUGUAAAAAUAUCUGCUAUCUGGCUACUAAAAAGCUUUGAACAGUGAAUUUGCACAGUAGAGAGUAUAGAAAGGUACAAAAAGAAUUAUGCCUGAAACAUUUUGCUGGUAAGAUUCGUAAAGAAUGUGUCACAUAAAGCCACUUUACCACACAAGAGAUUAAGAGUUUUAUUUCACACAGAAAAAAAAACACUGUUCCUUGCAGUUCUACUUUCUCGGACAUCUUACAGAAUGCUUUUAUUUGUUUAACUACUCCCAUUUCAGUGUUAUGAGGUGUCUGCCCAAUUUCUGGUUUUGACAUAAUGCACCUGCCUUUCAGUGGGUUUUGAUAAAACACAGCUGCAGUUAGAGUCAGAACAUGUUUUUUUGGUAAAUUUUUGGACGUAAUCUUGGGCACACUUUUGGCACGGCUUACAAAAUGGAUCCCAAGGAUCCCUGUGAAUGUGAAUCUCCAGGACACCUGCAGUGGUUUUCGGCUGAUGUCUUUGCACAAUUGUUAAGGUGGAAAAAGCUAACAAACUUCAAUUCUUAUUUGUAUGUGGAGUUUAAUGACCUCUGCAUUUCGCCAGCAGAGGUCUUCUGCCUCUGUCCAGCUUUCUCCAGAGGAGGUGUGAUAAACCGAAAUAACUCACCAGUGAGAGUUUCCAGGAGUUGUAAGGUGAUGGGUUAAUAAGUUGAAUUGCUUGUCUUGCAGAAAAGUGUGUGGCACAUCCCUGUCUCCUCACAUGCACACCUGCACAUAUCCCAUCAUCUUUACAUAUUUACUGUUUCUAUGUCUUUGCACUGUUUCUUGUUUAUUAUGUUUAUUUUUACACUCCUUACAGUUAUAUUAUUUUUGUCUGUCGAAGAAUCUAAUAAUUUCUGAAGUCAGUCUGUUGUUUCUUAAAAAUAGCUCCUGUUAGCUGCAAAUCUGCGCUUGUGAGACGUGGACAUGCCACAGUGUAAUAGUGUCCUCUGCAGAACAACAGAGUGGGCUUGCUUUAUUUUUUUUGAAGGGGGUUAUUAAUAAUAUGUUGUAACUUUGGCUAGUUUACUAUUUUUGGUUCAGAUGUUUUAUAUAUGCAGCUGACUAAUGCACAGUGCCUUUUGUAUUUUUCUAUGUCAAGGCAAGAUUGAAUUGGAGCCAUGAUUUGUACAAUUGUUUGAUUUUAAAGAAUUUUUGUAACAUUUAAUUUUAUUUUUAUUGACUGUUAAAUAAACAGUUUUAUUUAACCAUA